AUAUACGUAACUAUUCGGGUGCUCACUCAAGCACCAGCUGGUCAGGUCAGAUAUAAAAAUAAAUAUAAAAUUCAAAGUUGCCAAAGAAAGCAUUUGUUUUUUAAAUGAUUAAACUAUGCUUUGCCAUGAAGGGAAACUAAGUCUUUACUGCUUUUUUGGAACAGCAGGCAUUGUAUUAGCAUUAUGUGUGCCUCAGUUUUUCUGGGAUAUCGUGCCAAAUGUUUGGGGCGCCUCUUUGUGGGGUCCUUUUCUGUAUUAUGCUCUCAUUAACAUGAUUUUGAGAUUUGCUCUUAAAAACAAUGAUUAUCAGAUCGCUAUAAGAGCUUCAUUAUUGGGGUUUGUAUCUGCUGUUAGUGCUCUGCUUGUCAUUUUUGCGCCUGGUUCGUGGAACCAAUUUGGAGUUUAUGGGUUUUUCCUUUCGUUCUUUCACUACUCGGAGUUUUUGGCUAUCGCCUGGUCGAAUCCAUCAAGCCUCUCCAUAGAUUCAUUCAUCCUCAAUCACUCGGUGCACUAUGCCGUUGCUGCAACAAUGAGCUGGACAGAAUUUAUACUGGAAACUGUGUUUUUGCCAGACUUUAAAUCAACCUACUCAAUUUGGGUUAUUGGAGUGCUACUAUGUCUGUUUGGAGAAGGAAUGCGAAAGACAGCUAUGAUAACAGCCAUGUCAAACUUUAACCAUCUUGUGCAAUACGUAAAAGCCAAAGACCAUCAACUUGUGACACACGGCGUGUACGCUUAUGUGAGGCAUCCUUCGUAUGUGGGCUGGUUCUGGUGGUCGAUUGGCACUCAAAUUAUUUUAUUAAACCCUAUUUGCAUUUGUCUCUACACAAUUGUGAGUUGGAAGUUCUUCAAAGACAGGAUAUUCGUGGAAGAGAUAACAUUGCUAAACUUUUUUGGCGUCCAGUAUUAUGAGUAUCAGCAGAAAGUGCCAGCAGGAUUACCAUUUAUUAAAGGCUAUGAAGUUAAUAAGACUCAAUAAGAGUACGUGUAGUUUCUGAAUAAUAUUGUAAAUAUUGCUAAUGUUAAUUUAAUUUAAUUUUGAGAUUGUAUAGAUAUGUGACUUAAGAUGCCUGUGUUAACUUCUAUUAACAAUUAAAUAGGACAUAUAUAUGUAUAUUUGUAUUCCUUAAAAGUAGAUUAACUAAUUAAAUUAAAUAAUGAAUAAAAAUUAAUAUUUAACCAGAA